AGGCAAUGGAGGCCGCACAAGAGGCACGCAAAGCCUUUGCAGAUCAGGGCAUCAAGUACAUGGAAGUCAAAGCGCUUCUGGCUGCAGCAGCAAUUCAAAUGGAGAGGGGUGAGUUGGACCUUGCCGCACUGGACGAAGGCCUUCAAACUGCCAAAGAGGCUCGGGAAUUGGCAAUAGAGCUGAAAGACAAGAGACUCGAGGCCAUGUGCCUUACGGCCACGAUCGACGGCGAAGGCUUGCUGGUUUCUCCAGAUGAUGCCCUUAAUGCGGCCGAAGAAGCGCUGGAUUUGUGCCUGGAAGUUCAGGACAGAUCUAUGGAAGCCUUUAUCCUGUGCAAAAUGUCAGAGUGGAAUGUGAGGCUCCGUGAUUUCUCCAGAGCCAUUUCAGAUGCGCAGGACGCCGUCGAAAUCUAUCGCGAAAUGGACUCACCCCAGGAGCUCAACGCUUUGCGUUUGCUGCUUCAGCUCCUGCUGCACCUCGCAGAAGUUCGAGAGGCUCGACUGAUUGCCAGCGAAGCCCUCCAACGCUUCCGUGAACUUGGAAACAGAUCUGCGCAGAUCGACAUCAUCGAGAUCCUCGUGGAGGUGCAUUUGAAGAGCGACAACUUGCAGGAAGCUGUCUCUGCUAGCAAAGAUGGCAUUCGUUUAUGCAAGGAGAUGAGCGAGACCACACGACAGGCAGCAUUGAUGCUGAAGCUGGGCCGUGGAAGGCUGAACACUGGAGAUGCAGAGAAGGCCGUGGCCAUAGGUGAAGAUGCUUGGACGCUGCUGCAAGAGCACAGUGCCACGAAGGAGAAGGUGGAAUGCAUGCAGCUUCUGUGUGAGGCAAAGCUUCGACAAGAUGGAGCUGAGGAAGCACUUGGCCAAGUGGAAGAGUCUUUGAUCCAUUUCGAAUCUGGCAAGGACGUCUACGGGGCUGCAGUCGCUGCUAAACUUUGUGCCGAGCUUCAGCUGAAGACCAACCGCUUUGAUGAAGCAAAGCAGAAUGCUUUGAAGGCCAAGGAGGCCUUUCGCAAGGCUCGACAAAAGAAGGAGGAAGCUGAGGCAUUGAAGCUUUGCAGCCAAGUGCUUUGGAAGAAGAACGAGCACAAGGAGAGAAAAUGUGCUGAGGCGAGGGGGAUGUUCCGGCAGUUUGAGGCUGCAGAAGAGGACGAGGUAUGCUGCUUGUACGUACAAGCAGAGAACUCCGCGCGGCAUGCAGCCGAGGAAGCCGCUCAGGAAGGUUCGGUACAACCUGACAAACCGGCCUCCAAGAAAGUGCGCACAGCUUUGGACGAGUCCUUGAAGGCGGCAGAGGCCGGGCUGAAGAUCCUGCGAUUUGCGUCCUUGGCGCAAAAUCCAGAGUUACAUGGAGAGUUGCUUUGCGCCAAAGCACAGGCCCUGACACAGCAGAGUCGCUUCGAUGCUGCCCUUGUUUGCUUAGAUGAAGCGGUGCUUCGCUUUCGUGAACUGGAGGACUAUCAGCUUGAGGCGAAUGCUUUGACCCUUGCUGCGAACAACUUGCAAUUUCUCAAUCGCGGAGAUGAAGCUCUGGAGGCGUUAGAGGAGGCAGUGGUCCUCUACCAGCAUUGCAUGGACGAUGAGGGUGAAGUAAAUGCGCAGAAGAUGCUGAACAAGAUGCUGGAGAAGCGUAGGAAACCUGCACAAAGGACACCAGAUAUGCCAGCUGCACCAACUGGUCCCAUGGGGACACCAGUGUGGGAGCAAACGGAGGAUGCGCCUGUGGAGGCAAAAGCUCAGACGACGGCAACUGCACUGAAGACAGGGCCUGCUUUGAACAUGAGCUCUGUGACUCCUGAGAUGAUCAUGGGCAAGGUCAGAGAAGUCGCUGCAGCGGUGACUGGUGCCGAGAGCGGUGAGCUUGAGAUUGAGACACCUUUGAUGGAGGCUGGAAUGACCAGUGCAUCGGCUGUACUGUUGCGAGAACUGCUGGUCAAGGACCUUCCUGGUGUCAAUUUGCCUGUCACUUUGGCCUUUGACUAUCCGUCCAUUUCAGAGAUGUCGGAGAUGAUCGUUGGGAGCAUGCAAGCAAUUGCCAACUGAGUGCAACCCAAGAGCUAGUGACAUCUCCAGAAUGUACCAAAGAUAGAUUGAAUUGUGAACCGCAACCAACAGAGGGAAACAGGGCUGUGUGAACGGACACACUCGGGAAGGAUAGGUGAUUGUGUGAAGAUUCAUGAGAGAUACAAUGAGAUUGAGUCCAUCAGCUCUUCCGGCAGAAUCGCUGCCAAGCUCUCGCUGCUCUCGCUUCUUGCUUGACUCAGAGAUGAAAAUGUGCUGGCAAAGUUGUCCUUUCGCGAUUGUGAAUAUGUGAGGAUAUGUUUAAUUUGGACAAAAGAUCAACAAAGGGAAGAAAGAAAGGUCUAUAAAUCAUCAACAUAUUGAAGAAUGUUAAGGGCAGAAAUAGACUCUAGCCUUGC